GGCUCAACAGCAGAAAGCAUCUCCAAGAUGGCGUAUUCCACCAGCACUCUCGCACAGGGCUGUUUUGGGAAAGUUUACAAGCAGAGGUACAAAGGCAAGUGGGCUGCAAUAAAGAAAGUCCCUUACGAACGCAUCGACAGGAAGGAUCUGGAGAGAGAAUGUGCCGUGUACAACAAGUCCAAACAUCCCAACAUAGUGAGACUGCUGGGCGACAUAACUCGAGAAGAUGGGAAAUGGGUCAUCCCACUGGAGUUUGUCUUUGGAGAGGACUUGGAGACAACCAUCUUCAAGGUUUCAAGGUCUAAAAUACAGAUGACUCCAGCUAAUCAAGGCACCAUCAUCGUUGGCAUGUGUGAAGGGCUGCUUUACCUCCACUCUAAAGAUAUCGUCCAUCAAGACCUCAAGCCUGAUAACAUAAUGGUGGAACACUACACAAACAGAGCAGUGAUCAUUGACUUGGGACUGGCCAAGUUCUUCAAAUAUGGUCUGAACUCUGCAGCGGACAUCGGCAACGAGGCGUAUGCAGCUCCUGAGGUGCUGCAGAGGCGCGUCCAGCGGGACCAACGAUCUGACGUCUGGGCCAUGGGCAAGAUCAUUGCUGAGAUUUUUGCUCGAGUUCGACUCGUCACUCCCAGCGUCUGUCCCACCACGAUUAAAGAGACCCUGAAAGAUCAGCCAUACUGCCAGGCUGUAUGCAGAAUGGUGCACCCAGACCCAACCCUCAGGGCCUCCAUGGCAGGGAUCAUAGAUGAAAUCCGAGUGGCUGGAGGCAAAAGUAAUGCGGAUCAAAAGGACCACCUAAAGAUCCCUUCACCCAACAUUCAUAACAACGACAAAAGACAGCAUUUGGCCCCGAAAGGCCUGUCAGAUCUCACCAAAGACUUCAUGAAGGUGACCUUAGUCCAGGAGGAGUGGAAGAUGGAGAUGCGCUUCGAGGAGAAAAACGGAGACAUCGAAAGAGUCAAGCUUAAAGAGAUCAGAAAAGAACGACAGGCUAGAAUUUACGAGGCCUUGAAGCAGGCGGCGCAGAAAAUAGACCUGAAGCGAAUCUCCGGCAACGUGGCAUGGGCUGGCACAUCGCGGCGCUUUCGCCUGGUGCCUCCCAAUCCGCCCAUCAAGCCUGCUCUGUGGGUCGUGCAGUGGUGCAGCGACAACGCCGACCGGUGCCUGUCCAGGACAAUCGCCGAUGUCACCCUCAGUUAG